AUGAGUAAAGAUAAAGAACUCCGAAUCUAUCAUGAGCUGCGCGACUGGCCGCGGCCCGCGUACCCAUUUCCGGACUUGGUCAGCCCAUUCAUCGAAGAUCUGGCCGACGAAUACUAUGAAUGGAUCGAUGCCGACUGCCAAUUCGAGUCGAGGUCCGCUCGCGAAGCGCACAAGCGGCAUCGACUGACUGACAUCGCCGCUCGUGCGUUUCCGAGCUUGACCAUAGACGAACUACGGCCCAUUGCGCGCUUCACUGCGUUUCUGGCCAUAUUAGAUGAUAUAAUGGACCACAGCGACCCCAAUGAGCUGAACAAUGUCAAACGCCGCAUACUGGCUAUCCUUAAUGGGGACGAGCAAACUCUACCACAACCAGGUUUCUAUCGACAAAUACAUGCUAUUCGACAAGAGUGUCUCGACUGUUCUAUGCCUAUUCAUCUCUUUGACGAGUUUGUCUCCUCGAUUGUGGAACUCAUGAUUGGCUAUGCCCGCGAAAAGACCUAUAACGCAAAGAACGAGCCACCCCCUUUCUCUGUCUAUCAGUCAAUUCGCCGGCAGACCUCGGGAGGCUUAUGCUAUGCAAAAUAUCUGUGCAUACACGAGAAUUACCGCAACCUUCCAGGUGAGGUGUUCAGCCAUCCCGCCGUAUUGCGCAUGCACGACCUCAUAGCAAGGAUCAUCGGGUACCACAACGACUUCAUAUCGCUGCCCAAAGAGCUCUCACGGGAAGGCGACGUCGUCAAUAUUGUGAUCAGUAUUCAGCGCGAGUCUGGCUUGGAGCUCAAAGAUGCUUAUAUGAAGGCUCUUGGGGUUCACGACGCCGACCUUACCGAGUUUGUUCAGUUGCAGAGCGAGUUGCCUGACUUUGGGCAAUGGCAACAAAAGGCGAAAGACUACGUGGCGGAUCUCGGUACCCUGGUUCAGGGAGUCUACGCUUGGCAUGUCAAGAAUACUGGUCGAUACGUUCCCGGAGCCUACGUCGAGCCCGAGGACAAGGUCCAGCUGGAAGCAAUGGCGACUGAGAAGAACUCGCCGCUAUCCGCAUACGACGCCCUCGACUCGGGUGCUUCGCCGCCUCCAGCGGACUUGGAGCUGGGGCUCGUCGGAAAGAUGGACGGCCACGAUUACCCCGAAGGGGGCCGUGCUGGCGACGGCGACGGCGAGCGCGCCGUGCCGUUGCAGGGCUUCGAGUUCACGUUUGACCUCCCAUUCACGUCAGGCAACUCCAUUGAAGCAGAACCAUGGGACAUGAGCGACACAGCAUCCCUAUCCGAAAGCGUGCAGAGCUUUCCGGAAGAAUUCGGCCGCACAUACCAUGCGUACCGAGCUGGCUCAUAUGCCUUCCCCAACGAUGCGCCUGAACAGGAGCGACUUGCGCUGCAAGGCGAGUGCAUCAAGAGGGUGCUGGGGGACCGUCUGUACUUUGCCCCUCUCUCGCCUUCGCGGCCGCCGCUUCGCAUAUUGGACAUUGCUACGGGUGUCGGCGAUUGGGCGAUUGACAUGGGCGACUUGUUCCCCGGGUCGACAAUCAUCGCCACAGACUUGUCCCCCAUUCAGCCGGAAAACGUGCCUCCCAACGUUUACUUCUACGUGGAAGACUCGACCGACCCUUGGGACUUCACGCACCAGUUUGACUACAUCCAUACACGAUCUACCGUUGGCUGCUGGGCAUCAUUCGAGACGCAGAUAGCGGAACAAGCCUUCCAGGCGCUAGAGCCCGGCGGUUGGUUCGAGUCCCAGGAAGUCGACAGCAUCGUAUGCUGCGAUGACGGGACACUCACUCCGGACAAUCCAGUCGCUGUCCUGUUCAACGACCUGGUCGAAGCAGCAGGCAAACUCGAUCGGCCCGCCAUCCUCGGCGCUACACUCAAAGAGGUGUACGAGAGAGUUGGCUUUGUCGACGUCCAACAACGAGGCAUCAAGAUGCCCAUUGGCGGGUGGGCUAGAGACAUGAGGCUCAAGGAGAUCGGGCUAAUGUGGAGGGCCAACCUUCUAGAAGGCUUGGCAGGUUUCUCCUACCAGCUGCUAAACCGGGCCUUUGACCGGACUGUUGAGGAGAUCAACGUGUCGCUCAUUGAGGCAGACUCGAUUCGCAAUGUUGCUGCCACCAUCGCCUACGAUGCAAUGGGCUAUUACAAGGGCAAUGUAUCCAAAAAUGAGGUCGACGUUGGCGACGUUCAGAAACCGUACUACUGGUGGGUGGCUGGAGCCCUUUGGGGCGCCAUGCUGGACUACUACUACUACACCCGCGAUCCAACAUACAAUGACGUCGUACUCCAAGCUUUGCUGGCCCCGGUGAACAUGGGCGCAAAUCACGACUACACCCCAAAAGCACGAGAGCUAGAGGAGGGAAACGACGAUCUGUUCUUCUGGGGAUCUGCUGUUCUCUCUGCUGCGGAGCGCAAUUUCCCCCAGCCCAACACGUCGCUGCCGUCAUGGCUCGAUCUCGGUGCAAACAUAUUCAACGCCCUGGUCUCCCGAUGGGACCCUUCAACCUGCGGCGGUGGCCUUCGGUGGCAGAUAUAUGCGUCAAACCCAAACGGCUUGAGCUACAAGAACUCGGUCAGCAAUGGCGGCUUCUUUCAACUAGCGGCACGUAUGGCCCGCGCGACGAACAACAACACGUACCUUGACUGGGCAAAUCGUUUAUGGAAUUGGUCCUCUGACGUUGGAUUCAUUGAUCCGGAUCGCUUCCACGUCUACGAUGGAGCAGACUCCCGCGACAAUUGCAGCCAAACCAACUACCACUCCUUUACUUACACGAGCGGCAUCUACCUGUACGGCGCAGCCAUCUUGGCGGACCAUACUGGCGACCAGUUGUGGAAGACGCGAACGGAGAACCUCUUGAGGGGGGCGGGGUGGUUCUUUUCACCUUUCGAGAAUGCCACCAAUGUCAUGUACGAAGCCGCUUGUGAGAAAAAUAACGCCUGCACUGCCGACAUGACUACAUUCAAGGGCUAUCUGAGUCGCUUCAUUUGGCAGACAGUGAAGCUCGUCCCGUCACUGAGGAGCGAAGCCGAGAAAUGGCUGCUUCCUUCGGCCAAGGCCGCAGCGGUUUCGUGCUCAGGUGGCGUCGAUGGCCAUACCUGCGGCCAACGUUGGUACGUCCACGGCUUUGAUGGCAUCGCAGGGCUGGGCGAGCAGAUGUGCGCGCUGGAAACGAUCCAGGGCCUCCUCAUAGAUGACGUCGACCCUCCACUAAAAGGCGAUAAGAUCAAGGUCAUCCGCGACACCAAAUGGGUGCCCCUCGGUGCUGCAACCACGACCUCCAAGGGGCACGAUGAACCAACUUCGACUGGCGACCCUCAGCCAACAGAGACUGAGGACAGUGCCAAUGUUGCGACGGCGCAUUUUGGCCUUGUUCUCGUCAGCAUUGCUACCAUCCUGUUUAUUUUCUAA